AUGGGGUAUUGCAAUUUAAGAGGUUUGCUUGAUUUUUCUCUGCCAUCUGUUUUGUGUUUAGGUGACUGCCAGCUGCAAACACCUUGUCGAAUCCAGAAGUGCACCACUGAUUUUGUAUCCUUAACUUCACAUCUAAACUCAGCUCUUGAGGGCUUUGAUUUGGAGUUCUGCAAGGCCCUGCGAGCGUACUCUGCCUGUACCUAUCGCAAUUCCAAAGUAUGCCGUGGAAACCUAGUCUACCAUUCUGCAGUGCUUGGGAUCAGUGACCUCAUGAGCCAGAGAAACUGUUCCAAAGAUGGACCCACAUCCUCCACCAACCCUGAAGCCACCCAUGAUCCCUGCAAUUACAGUGGCCACACAGAAGCCAGAGAACAUCAGGGAAGGGAGAAUACUCUUUCUCCUACUUACCUAUUUUGUGGCUUGUUUGGUGAUCCUCAUCUGAGGACUUUUAAGGAUCGCUUCCAGACAUGCAAAGUGGAAGGUGCUUGGCCCCUCAUAGACAAUAACUACUUAUCAGUGCAAGUGACCAACGUGCCUGUGGUCCCAGGAUCCAGUGCUACUGCUACAAAUAAGAUAACUAUUAUCUUUAAGUCAUACCAAGACUGUACAGAUCAGAAAGUAUAUCAAGCAGUGACUGAUGACUUGCCUGCAGCUUUUGUUGAUGGUACAACAAGUGGAGGUGAUGGGAACACCAAGAGCUUGCGAAUUGUGGAGAAAGUCAGUGGCAAAUACGUCGAAAUGCAUGCCAAGUACAUUGGAACCACAGUGUAUAUACGCCAGCUUGGGCACUACUUAACCUUGGCCAUUCGCAUGCCUCAGGAGUUGGUCAUGGCCUACGAGGACAGCCAGGAUCUGCAGCUGUGUGUGAACGGUUGCCCUUCAAGUGAACGUAUUGAUGAUAGUGGCCACUUACCAUUGCCUGUGAUGGGGCAGUUGCUCCCUCAGGGUGGUGCUGCUCAUCCCCAGUCAGUGUACACACUGGAAACUGCCACCACCAAAUGCCAUGAGAAGAUGCUGGUGAAAGACAUCUAUUUUUACUCAUGUGUAUUUGACCUACUUACCACUGGUGAUGCUAACUUCACGGCUGCUGCUCACCGUGCCUUGCAGGAUGUGGAAGCACUGCACCCCAGAAAAGAGCACUGGCAUAUCUUUCCCAGCAGUGGAGGUGGUGGUGUGGGCAAGGGUAGCAAGUUCUUUGUCAGUCUUGGACUUGUGUGCUUGUUCCUUAUUGUGUUUUUGUAGGUUUUUUUUUUGUCUAUAACAAAGUUUUGAAAUAUAUAUUGUCAUAAUAUAUUGAGUAAAGAUGAGCAUAUAUGUAUAUACCAUGUAUAUGAAGGGAUGUUUUGUCUUGGGACACCCACCAGAUUGUACAUAUUGUGUUAACUGUUUUCAUGUAUGUUGGAUGUAGUGUUCUUUGUAUCAAUUUGUUUUGCGGUUGGUGAAAUGUUUUAUAAUGUCCCUGCAUUGGGACCUGAUAGAAAGCACUUUAUUUUUUAUAUAUUAAAUAUUUAUGUGUGUAUCUGAGUAACUGUAUUAUACAUAUAAACAUGUGCAUACAAUACUCAGUGCUCCCUCUAAGUACUACUUGGUUUAAC